AGACUCUUUUGAUUGGCCAGUGAUAACACACAAUAUUGCACAUUUCGAGCAUGGAGGGGCAGUGUAGAGUACAUAUUGUUUACAUUGUUUACAAUGUUUACAAUAUUGCGUAAUGCGAAUGCGUUUGUUAGACUCUUACUCAGAUGAUUGACAAAGUGAUGAUAGCCGACUUGUGAUUGCGAAUUGCGAAAUUCACUCAUAAUUGAUAUUCCAGUACUUGACGAAACUGAACUUCAAUUUUUCAUCGAAAUAAAAAGAUUCCUGGAAAAUCAUGGAUUCCGAAGACCAUUCAGAAUCAACAGUUGUUUAUCAAAAAGCGAAAAAUUUGAUGAGAAGUCAGUAUUACAACGUCAAGGUGAAAGUGGAUACAGAUGUUUAUUGUUUAGAUAAGUUACAACUGGCGUGGAAAUCCGACUACUUCGAAAGAUUACUAACCGAGUAUUCUGACCAAGGAGAAUGCAAUUUGAUAGAGCUACCGUUAAUGGAUACAGAAACAUUUUCUGCCGUAGUUGAUAUAAUAUAUGGACAGCCACUGGCGUCUGUAUUAAACAGCGAUAAUUUUAUUACCUUGUUGAUUGCUAUGGAUUACUUGCAAAUGGAGAUUGAUGUGAAAACUUACGGUAGUUUCAUAGAAAGCAAUUCGGUGCUAGAUGUGAAAGUAUUCAAACUGUACGACUUCGUUCAAGAGAAUCCAAAUUUGCGGUGCUUGUUACCGUACGUUUUAAUGUAUUUAUCUGCUCAUUUAACGGGGUUGCGAAGUAACGAAGAAUUUUUAUCCUUGCCACUCGACGAUAUUAUUCUAAUAAUUAUAAGUGGAGCCAUCGCCCCUCCAAAGGCUAAGGAGAUGCGUGAAAUUUGUCAAACUUGCGCAGAAUGGAUCUGUUACGAUUUAGAAAGCAGACUUCCUCAUGCAACGAAGCUUGUAAAUGCUGCUAAACGAAGAUUUCUUUAUGUGAACGGUGUAAAGGAUGUAGAUUUCAACGCAAAACUGGCCCAUGUUGCCGAUCAUAUGAUGCAAGAAGAAAUUGCGAAGCUACUUUACAACGUUUUAAGUUUCAAUGCCGAAAUCGAUCCGGCUGGCCAGGAGUUAGAGGAACUUGAAGAUAAAAGAACGUACGCCUUCGUCAGUAUUGAGAAAAACGAGCGAAAAAAAUUGGAAAAAUUUCUAGAAAAUAAUUAUUUCUACGAUAUCGCUGUCAAAGUCGAAGAUAAAAUUUACAAACUCCAUCGAUUCAAAUUAAAUUCAGCGUCUGGUUACUUCGCCGACAUUUUUUCUGCUGAAAGCUUCAACACAGAUACUCAAUGCACAGAAGCAACAACCCAGCAACCCAUUAAAAAUACCGAGUAUUUACUCCGCGAUGUCGAUCAAACGACAUUUGAAAUGAUCAUAGAGUAUAUCUAUUUCGAAGAACUGCAAUUAACAUGUGAAACUAUAACUCGUGUAUUGAAAGCUGCCGCUGCCAGUAAUUUGAGGAUUGAGAAAUUAUUCGAUAAAUGUAUAUCGUGGAUGAAAGAGAACAUCGAAGAGGUUUGUUCCAAAGUCCUGAUCAUUGAUGAAUGUAUUUGCAGAUCGUGGAUCAAGGAGAACAUUAAAGAAAUUUGUUCGCAAAUUUUAAUCAAACCCGAAAUAAUCAACAAGUUUCCGAUCUGUUCAAUUUCUUUCGAUAUGUUGGAGGAUUUACUCUUGUCGUCUCGAGUUUGCUGUGAUGAUCCGCAAAAAAUCGUUGAAAUAUGUUCCAAAUGGGUUAUGCACGAUGUGAAAAAUCGAUACCCUCUGAUACCACAAAUUGCCGUUGCCAUUAAUCGCAAUCCCACGAUAGAGUACGAUGAUUAUAAAGUGGAAGGACACGUUGAUUUGAACAACUUCUCGGAGCAAUUGAUUCGUGAUAAAUUAUGGAAUACUUUAAGUUCAAUUCCACUGGUUGCUGCUCCCGUUACAAAUAAUUUGUCGAAGAGAGAUGAGAAGGAUUUUUCCGAAAUACCUGUGUUUAUUUCGUGGACCGGCGACACAACCGUUCGUAUUCUAAAUGCUGAUUUGAAUGAAAUCGCAUCAUUUAGUUUCUUCUCAAGUUUUAGCUCUAAGAUCAGAGAUGUGUACUUUAAAGUAUCCGCGACUCUGAUCAGGGACAAUUUAUUCGUUAUGUUCACUGCGCAUGUUUACAAUCGUGAGUUUUAUGUGUACAAUUUAACUUCGAAAAAAUUAUCCUCUUUGAAUUGUUGUCUAAAGGAGGUCGAUAUAUUGUGCAAAUACUCGCUGUUGAAUUGCCGCGACCAAGUUUACUGUUGUUUUGAAGAUGGUCAUGUAUUCAAGUAUUUGGCCGAAUUGAACUGCUGGAUGAUAGUUUCGAAGGAGCUGCCGGUAUCUGUUCGUACCGAUGAUCCCAUAUGGUUCUCAAGCAAUGGAAAUGAAUUGUAUAGAAUGUAUAAAAUUGAUUACAUGAGAUGGAUUUACGUUGCGGAAGAAUUCAAUUUUCAACAAAACGUGUGGCAGGCCUUUUUAGAGGUUAGACCGCCGCCGCAAACACCUUUGAAUGAUCGUCCAAAUCCAAUCGGUCUAAUCAGCAUUAAUGCGGGUGAUACACUCGCUGUGAUAUUCCCUUCAUACGUCAUGUUAUGUGAGCUAAAUACUAGAUCAUGGCGUCAGAUCGCCUUAAUAGGCAAUAUUUUUACUUCGAAUCAAGAGACACCUUUUGCCUUAGUUCAGUGUCAAGGCGAACUUUUGCAUGUAUUCUGUAAUAAACUGUAUCAUUGGUCUGGUACAAAUCGAAGAUGGGUGUUGGUUGGUGUUUUGGAGAAGCCUUACCCUUAUAAGUAUAUUACUGCCGUUCAUGGGUGGCGUAAUCUAGAGCGCGUAACUUUGUGAUUAACUAAUUAAGACGUUGUUUUUUCUGAUUUAAUUAUUAACGAAGAAGAUCAAUUUAAUUAUUUAUGGAGAAGAGCGAUUUAAUUAUAAUUUAACAUUCUGUAUUUUAUUUGAUCUAAUUCGUUCGUCAGAUUUUUAAAAGUAGGAACCUAGCUACCUACCUACUGAAGUAAUGUUCAAUUGUACGAAUAAAUAUUUUUUGUAAGAAUA